CAGUGCGUACUCUCUGAAGAUGGACACAUCUUUCACCUCAAGCGGUGUACUUAAUCGGUAGUAGUCGUGGUAUGGGAUGGCAUACGCUAGCUUGCUCUAGAUUACCACGUUUGAAGGAUGUGAAUCGCGGAUUUCAACUGUUAGGUCAACUACCACCAGGCGAUUGGAUUCUGUUAUCAAACAUCAGAAAUUGUCGGCUAACAAUGGUGUUGAUGUUGGAGGUAGACUGGAUGAUUGCACUUAUGGCGAGGACGUAGUGGGACGGAUGCGAAUCCAUUAACUUACUGUGUUGGCAAUGGUCUUAUGACUAACUGGGUAGUAUACCUCUUCACAUCUACCUGUUCGCAUCCCAAUCCUUCUAGUUAGAAAUUGACCCUCUUUAAGAACCUUGAUACGUGAAGAUAAACAAGUGAGUUCAGGAGCAGAGUUCGCCAAGCGCUGCAAGAGAGUGGGAAAGUAGUUAAAUGCUGCCGAGGGCCCUUCAUCCCCUUCGGCCGACGCUGGUAAUCCCUGGCAUUCCUACUCAAGUGAAAAGCACUUCAGUAAUUCCGCUAAAGUAGCCGCGCCAGAAUGUUAUCCGCUUUCAAAUGCGAUGAGUGGCUGUUUUGCCGAGACGUCAGUGCUAAUGGGGCUUGAUAGACAGUAGCACAAGAUAACUCUCGAAUCGUUCGUGAAACCACGGAAUCCACUCGGGCCCUGUUUUGAACAGUCUAAUUUUGUGGCAUGCGGUUCCUUAGAUUUUUUAAACUUCAGACAGUGCAAACACGUUAAUCGUACUUGUAGCCAUGGUAAUAUGUGUUUGUGUGAAUCUCUCUGAGGUUUGUGUCGAAGUCGGCAGGUUUCCCAUUUUUCUGGAUGGAAGAGGGAUUCAGUGUUUGGUCGGUUGACAUUCUCAAUUUCUCUGAAAAUUGUAUCCAGUCCACGUCUUUGAUUGUCUGCAGCACGAGCCAUUUUCCUGCCUCUUUGAGCCGUCAAAGUAGAAACCGUUACGUUGUCUGUUUGUCAGCCAUUGAGAGCAGAUCCGCGGGACAUGAAUAUAGUGAGCUAAGUAGACAUCUUCAUUAUCAGGGGGUCAUUAGAAAUUAGAGCUUACGACUACAAGUCUGCAAAUUAGAAGAUCUCUGUAGACUGCCCUCUUGAAGCAGAGUGCAUUCCAUUGAAAGCUACCCUCAUGGCGGCACCAGCACGGGAUAUCGUAGACCCUCAUGUCUAUGUAAAGUUGGAUCCUAUGAAAAUUGAGGCUUUCCAAGGCUUACAGCAGCUUGUAGGCUCCAAUCAGAUCAAAAAAGACCGCGCCGAGUAUGUCCAAUCAAAAUUCGAAGAUCUUCGCAAAGCUCUCGCAAAAAAACUAAAGGACGAGAGAAAGUUAAAUGCUGACAUUGGGGAGUUGGAAGAACAGCUUAAGAGAGCCAAGACAGACCUGGCAAGGAUGACAAAGCAGGGCCAAGAAGACGGAGUAACAGUGCAGUUGGUUAAGGAGGAUGCGGAGCGAGCCGAGAGCGAAGCCGCGGUUGCCAAAGAGAAGGAGCAGCUCCUGAUGCUGGAGUCUAUGGAGAUACAGCGGAUGCGGGAUGACUACAAGAAGAAAGUGCACCAGAUCGAAUUCGACUUCUUCGUGGCCAUGACUCCACUCCUGGAACGUAUGAAAUUGGAGAUAAAAGCCGCACAAGAUCAGACCGUGGAGAAUAUCGUCAAGCAGGGACAAGCUAAAAAGGAGAGAGAGGACGCAGAGGCCCGACAAAAAGAACUAAUUGAAGAGGUCAGAUUGCUUCACAUCACGAAAUCGGAUGCUGUGAACAAAUUGGAGAGUCUAUAUGGACUGCCAGAGAAGCUAGUAAGGCAGUGCGAUAUCCUGCUAAGUGCGCUCAUUUCUGUUAAAGCACAAAACGUCAAAUGGGAUGGAAAGGUCAGAGAAUUGGAAGCAGCAGACGUAAGCAUAAAUCAGACGCUGAAACACAGAAGUGAAGAGCUUCCAGGAUUGAUGGCGGCCUGUGAUAAGAUUAAGGCUCAGACUGAGGACAAGGAACGCAUUAUUGCUGACAUUGAAAAGGAGAUUCAUACCAUCGGUCAACAGGUUGAUGAAUCGCUUGGGGACCGGGUACAAUUGGACAUGCAACUGAUGGCCAAAUUACAUGAGCUGAAGCAUCAACACGACAAACAAUCUAAUUCAGCGAAAGAAAGAGAUAGAGCUCUCAUCUCGCUUAAAAACAGGGAGGAUUUGAUUAAUAAGCUUCGGGUUCAGAUACCUGUGCUCACGCAAGAGAGGGAUGGAGUCUCUCGUGAGUUAGAAGCUGUAGGAGCACUCUUACAAACGUGGGAAGUGAAGCUGGUGGAGAUCAAAAGGGAAGUCAACGAGAUUCUGGAAUUGUCCAGCGCCACAGAUGAGAAGGCCAAAGAAUUGAUCCGCAUCGUCAAAGGAAAUGCGGAGACGGUGGAUGAGUUGGAGGUAAAGAUACAUGGGUUGGGAAAAGAAGAUAGGAAGAACACUGGAAGGAUUUCCGAACUCUCUAAUGUUCGGGAACGCUUAGCUCGGACUGCAGCUGCCAAGCAUUCGCAAUGGAGGGAGACACUUUCCAAGAUAGAUUUUGUUAAAAACUUCAAAGAAAAUUUUGAAAAAAGACUGGUGGAGGUUAUAAAGGAACACAACGACGCUCUUGCUCUUAACGGUGUAAUGCGUAGCCAACGCAACAAAUUCGCCAAUCUCGUCACGGCCAGUGCAAUAACAAUACUUGAAAUGAAAGAUAAGAUCGUGAAGUUAACAAAGGAAGUGGAACAGUUCCAAGAUAAGGUGACAUACAGGGUGAAUGUGCUUGCGAAAUUGCGUAAAGGAAACGCAGCCAGCAUCAAAGAACACAUCAUCAUAGCAGAAGCAACUGCCAAGUGUGUCGGCGUCCUUAAGGACAAGAAGGCCAUUGCUGAAGAGCUUGCAGCAGAGAUGACCACACUGCAAGAGAGGAUCAGCAAGGUUGAGAGAGAUAUGAUAAGAGCAAGGAAAAUUUACAAGACCACUGUGCAAGAUCGAAACAAAGUCGGCAUAAUGCUCAUUGAUCGUAACGACGAGCUAUGUAUCCUAUACGAAAAGAGCAACGUCCAGGUGGAGCUUCUGGAUAGUUCAGAGGUAGAGCUGUUGAAACGCAAGGAUGAGGUCAAAGUGUUAAGGCGAGAGUGCAAUUUAAUGCACAAAGCCAUCAUCAUGGAACAAAAAAUCGCUCCAGAUCCUACAUCUAUCUACCGAGAACUAGCCAGUCUUAAAGACCAGAUGACGGAAGCUACUACAAUGGUAGUUCAGCUCUCCGAGCUGGUGGAGAAUCCUGAAAACCUGAACAGAUGGCGAGUACUUCCUGGGAGGGAUUACAACUUCCAAGAGCUCACUCAAAAGGCCCAGGCCGUGGAAGAAUUCUUGUCCGCAAAAGAAGACCAGGCGUAUGAGAAAGACAUCAUCCUGCAGGAGGUGACGGUGCUUGCAGAUGAUUUGAUGCGAAAGGUAGCCUUAGCGCGACCCGAAAGCCAGAAAAUAGGUUUCCAAUUCAAUAAAUACGUCCGCGAGUUAACAAAAGUAUCCCGUCAGAUUAUGGCAGCUGUUUCUGAACUGUCGCUUGUCCAGGCUGUAUCCAUAGGAAUGAAACAAGAAAGAACAACAGCUCAGUACAGUGUUGACGAUGCGUAUGUGAAGCUAGAAAAAGGCCAGAUUCCCACAGAGAAGAUCGAGAAGCAAUGGCAAUCCUACUUGUGGCAAGUUGAAGUGAUCCACAGGAUGAAGGCUGCGAAAGGAAGAUUAUUGGAACAAGAUGAGAAAGAAAAAUAUGCUCACAUUCAGAAAAAGCCCACGUAGUUUUCUCCACUCUUGUUCCUCUGAACUCUCGUAACACGCAGGCUGCUCAGUUGGAAAUCAA